AAAUGAUCCUCGUCCCAAACCAAGGCCACGACUUUUUCUGUUCGGGUGCCAAAAAUCACAACAACAACACCGCCUUCUGCAGUGCCUCGUAUCUAUAUCCCCUGGUGCCGCCCUUCUGUCCUCGGGGCCGAGCAGAUUUAUAAGUAAAAGAUGGGAAACUACAAGUCCAGACCAAGAUCAACUUGUUCUCAGGAACUUUACAAGAAUAUCCUACAAAAUUAUGCACGGAUAGAAGAAAAGAUCCAUGAAGACCUGGAUAUAGAGCUUGAUGAUCUUACAGAGAUUCAGCAAGUUUGUAGCAAUGGAACAGUAGAUCAACUGGCAAGUCUUCUAAAUCCUGAGACUGUUGGUGAGCGACUAGAUAAUGGCUUGACACUACUCCAUCUGUGUUGCAUGGCAGCUGUCACUGUGAAGACAGAUUCAGUCAAAGAUAUGGAAGGAAGUGAAGCUGAGGGCACAAGUGUUCUCCAGCUCAUGCGAUCCUCCCGGGAAAAAAGUGUUCAUGAUGACAGUAACUGUGAUCACAUUAAUGAGCAAAGUAAUAUGCAUGCACAGUAUUCAAAACAUACUCGAAACAGGGAAGUCAAAGAACAGAUUCGCCUUCUUCUAAAGAGAGGAGCUGAUCCAGCCAUUAUCAGCAAAAAUGGAUUUUCGCCUCUACAUAUAGCAUCAUACAAGGGAGAUGUGGAGAUAGUUCGACUCUUCUUAGAAAACUGCAGCCACCUCGACCACACUGGUGCAGGGAGCCUGACUGCUCUUCACCUCGCCUGUCUGAGUGGCCAGCUGGAGGUGACACAAGCCCUGGCACAGCGGGGGGCCAACAUAGAGGCCCGGGAUGCUGUCUCAUUUUCCCCUCUGCACAUAGCUUGCCUUUAUGGGAAUGAGACUGUGGUGGAGUACUUACUCUCCCGGGGAGUUGAUGUCAACAUCUCAGGAUCAGUGGGUGACCGGCCCCUGCACCUGGUGGCUGGCCGGGGUGACUACAGGAUAGUGCAGAUGCUGCUCAAGAAGGGUGCCCGAGUGAAGCUGCAAGAUGAGGAAGGUAACACUGCCUUGCACUGCUGCGUGAGAAACGGCUACUUGAACAUUCUGAACCUCCUCCUCCAGCCACAGUACCGCAAUGAUGUUCACCUCACCAAUGUUUACCUUGACACACCGCUGCACAUAGCCUGCUAUGAAGGAUGGUUUGAAUGUUCCAAGGCCCUUCUGACUCACGGGGGCUCAAGCCUCCUGCUGAGGGAGAACUUGUGGGGAGAAACACCCCUCCACGCAGCCUGCACCGGGGGUUACUGCAUUGACCUCGUGGACUUUCUCUUAAGCCAGAACUCCAUUUCAGUAAACUAUCAGAGUCCUGAUGGUCACACGCCGCUGCACUCCGCAGCCUUCCACGGCCACCUCAGAAUAGUGCAGCUGCUGCUCAGCCAUGGGGCAGACAUCAACCUCACCGCCCAUGAUCGAUGUGUGUCAGAAAGAAAACAACAGGAAGAGCAAACACCUCUGAUGUGGGCCUAUGACCGUGGACAUGACAACAUUGCCAACAUUCUCAAGCACUUUCGUCGCCCUGGGAUGUGUGAUGACUAUGCCAGAGGAGAAUAUUUGUCAGGGUUGGAAACUUCCUACUUCCCCAUCCCGUCACCCAUUGGCAAACUACGCACCAUGAUACAAGAAAAGAUUGAUGUUCUUCACUUGAGGACCUUGCUGCCACCUCAUCAACAUCUCAGUUUAUCAGAAAUAGAAAACUUGGAGAACAUAGAUUCAGGUUCUUUUGGCAAAGUCUACAAAGGAAGGUUUAAUGACAAGAUUGUUGCCGUCAAAAGGUACCGAGCAAAUAUGACCUAUGGGAAGAGUGAUGUGGAGAUGUUUUGCAGAGAAGUGUCAGUUCUUGGGUCCUUAGAUUCUCCAUACAUUGUGAAGUUUGUUGGAGCAUGUUUACAUGACCCAAGUCAAUUUGCAAUAGUCACAGAAUAUGUAGCCGGUGGGUCCCUCUUCAGCACCCUACAUGAACAGAAGAGGUCCAUUGACACGCUAACGAGAUACAACAUUGCUCUUGAUGUGGCGAGAGGCAUGCACUACCUCCACACGCUGCCCCAGCCCAUCAUUCACAGGGACCUCAAUUCCCACAAUAUUCUUCUAAGCAGUGAUUGUCGUGCUCGUGUUGCUGAUUUUGGAGAGUCCAGAUUUGUGCGGAACAUCUAUGAAGAGAAUAUGACAAAACAACCAGGCAAUUUGCGUUGGAUGGCACCAGAGGUCUUCACACAAUGCACGUGGUACUCAAUCAAGGCAGACGUUUUUUCCUUUGGACUGUGCUUGUGGGAGCUGUUGGCAUCUGAGCUGCCCUUUGCCCACCUAAAGCCUGCUGCUGCUGCUGCCGAUAUGGCAUACAAACACAGUCGACCACCCUUGGACCUCUCCUUCCCUAUGGAGGUUUCUGUCCUCCUGGAAAAGUCUUGGAGCAAGAUACCAGAGGAGAGGCCAGACUUUGAGCAGAUUAUUGAAGAACUUGAAAGCUUAUGCAAGUCUCAGAUAGCAGCCAUGCAGGAUGGCACUGACCAAAUGCACCCUCGCCACCACCACCACCACCACCAGCUCCAUGCAUGCUGCACCUCCUGCUCCUCUGUGUCUCCCUCUGGCAGCACCACCCCACCAGACUCUUCCCAACACACCAGUUCAGAGCUCUCUGGUAGGACCCCAGCUACUCUCCUACUACACUCAUUCCGUUGGAAUGGUCAUGUAUCGGCUCUGAGAACCAGAUGGGAGCAGGAAGCCAGUCGUGGUCAGACUGCAUUUAAAUCAUCACACCCAACAAUUGAAGAACUGAGAAGUAGAAUGAACACCAACGGUUACGUAGAAGGAAAUACGUACCAAUACCGCAUUGCACCCGUGUUCAAUAAACACCGCAAACAAGCUCUGCAGCAGUUUUAAGGUAUUAUUAAAAUUUCAAAAUAUGAAGUUUUAGAUAAAUCACUUGCUAGUGAUCAAAUAAAUUCACCAUGCAAUAGAAGGGUGAUAAAGGAGUGGCCUCACUUACAAGCUGCCAUAUUGAGGUGCAAACAUAUUGAUUAUUUGAAACUUUAUGUUCAUAUACCAUUUUUAUCACUUGUUCAUUGCAAAUAUAAAACAGAAACUCAUGCCACCUUAGCCCAAGUGGACAACUGUAAUGAAUUUUAUACUUUGCCACUACUGUUAAGUGAUGUAUUAGAAACUGAAUAUUACAAGAGCCCGACAAUCCCUGUCUUGUAGAAUGUCAACACCAAGGAAUGUAUUAAUAGCUAAAGAAGUGCAGUGUACCAUAAUGUUUUCUUUUUAAUGAAGUAAAUCAACGCUAUAUUAAAACAUUAGAUGGCAAAAUGUUGUUGUCACAGCAUAGUUACAGAAAGCACUGAUCAGUGUUAUUCAUUUAGCUGAAGGUUAUUUGUAUUACAUGAACUGCUGCAGUCAUGCCUCCUUGAGGUAAAUAGUUAAUUUAUUAAGGUUAGACAAGGUGACUGCAUUAAAUUAGAAAAAGUUUUGUCUUCAUUGUCAAUCACACAUCACAUUCUUAUCAUUUCUUUCCUCUUUGUCCUUCGCAGCGUUCGACUCCACAUUCUCUCCGUCUCUUCCAGUAUUUGAUGUUGUGUUUUCUUUUAAAUAAAAAUGUAUGUAAUCAUGUGUAUGGUAAAAAGGUUUUUGAUUUACUGAACUGCUUGCCUCUGACAACUAGUUCCAGUUUGAACCCCAGUCUGGGCAGUCAGCAUGCAGGCCAUCCAGCUGUUCAUCCUCCCUUGUGAACUAUUUUGUAAAUGGAUACCUGGAGAAGUUAACUGUGCAGGCAGGCUCCAUGCCAGAGGAAGGAUAGUGUUAGAAUAUUCAACAGAAGGAAAGGUCCCACAAUGAGAUGACUAGAACAUGAAAGGUAAUGUAUGUUGUCCCAAUAUUUUGAAAUUAAGAUCUUAAAAAUGGGUGUCUGAACCCUAAUAUACUGAGAAGUGAUUAAUAGUAGAUGCAAUUUUUGGAAGUUGUGUGUGGUUUUUAUUUGGCACUUCUUGAGAGGACUGUGUAUAUUAUGUCUGCUUUUUUUGUUUUGAAACUUGUGAAUGAGCAUUUUAUUCUGAAGAACAUGUAUGAAUAAUUUCUCUUUUAGUGCAAAGUAGGAGUAAGGAAAUAAUAAUCGUAUAAACUUUGUUUUUUUUUAUAUUGCAAUUAGGACUCUUUCCCUUCAGUUAACAAAAUAUAUACAGGAAAAUCUGGCAAAUUAUAAUUUGCAGCAAAAUUAUUAAUAUCCAUGCUUUAUCAUGAAUAUGGUUACUUAUAUGUGAUGCUAUAUGUAGUCAGGGUUCUUUAUGAUAAAAAUAAUCUAAUCAGAAAAUGCAGAUAAUUAAAUAGUUCUAGUAAAUACAAUCAAUGUCAUUAUUAUCAAUAUGUCACCGUCACUGACUAAGAUCAUAAUGACUCAUUAAUCUUCUCAUGCCUUAUUCUAAAAGCUUUGUUCAAGCUUAGACCACCAUGAAUCAUUAGUACCAGGGUAAUUUAUUACUGAUGAGACAACUAAAGACAUUAGUAAGCAUGCCAAUGGAUAUCCAUGUCAGUGAUGUCAGUGAAUGUGCACCUGCAGAUAUUCUAUAUUAAAAUAUUUAUAUAAAAAAAAAAAAAAAAAAAAAAAAAAAGAA